GUCCAUCACUUUUGGCUUAAAUUAAGCUAAAUAUUGGAAAAGUGUCCUAAGAGUGUAGACUACCUAUAUAUACACAACCUUUGGACACAUAAAUCUUUCAUUAUUUACUCUUUAUCCAAAGAAGGUAUUAUUCUACAUCCAAUUUGCAAAUCUCCAUUUCUCAAGAAUUCUUAUAAAUUUAUUAAUCAUUCUUGAUACUUAAAAAUGUUGGCAAUAUUCAACAAAAAUUUGGUGGAUCCACCAAAGGAGUUGAACAGCCCGGUUUCACACUCAUCCGGGUCGGGUAACAAGCCCAAGUACGCUGAAGAUAUUGUGAGGAUAUUUCAGCAAGCUUAUUCUCAAAAUACACCUAUUUCUUUUGGUUUUGGAAAUUCUGCUUUCCUUGCUUAUUCCCCUUCCAAAGGCAUUCCAAUUCACCAACAAAGGAUUUUCUGUGGUGUGGACAACAUGUAUUGCAUAUUCUUGGGGAAUUUGAACAACUUAAACUCGUUGAUCAAACAAUAUGGGCUAGGAAAAGCAACAAAUGAGGCUAUGUUUGUAAUUGAAGCUUAUCGGACCCUCCGAGAUCGGGGUCCAUACCCGGCUGAUCAAGUUCUUAAGGGUCUUGAAGGCUGUUUUGGAUUUGUAAUCUAUGAUAAAAAUGCUGGAACUGUGUUCUCUGCUCUGGGAGCUGAUCAAAGAGUGCAACUAUUCUGGGGAGUUGCGGCAGAUGGGUCUGUGGUUAUGUCUGACAAUUUAGAUGUUAUAAAAGCAAGCUGUGCAAAAUCCUUUGCACCUUUUCCUUAUGGGUGUAUGUUCCAUAGUGAAGUAGGGCUAAUGAGCUUUGAACAUCCAAAAAAUAAAAUGAAGGCAAUGCCAAGAAUUGAUAGUGAAGGUGCAAUGUGUGGUGCUAAUUUUAAGGUGGAUGUUUCAUCUAAGAGGAGUGCUAUGCCUCGUGUUGGAAGUGAAGCUAAUUGGGCCUUAUCUAAUUCUCAAGCUUAAUUCUUUGGACACAAUUUUAAAACUUCUUACUUUUGUCCGUCUUAUUAAAAACGCAAAAAUUAAAUUAGUAACAUAUGAAAAUAGCCGAAAUAACUAAAUAUCUUUCUAAUUACAACUAAUUUUGUAAUGUCAUGUUUGCCUAAUUAUGAGGUUUACGGUUUUUAAUUAGGCUUUUUUUUUUUUGCUUUUUUUUAGUUGGAUUUUUUUAUUUCUUCUUUGUGUUUUGAUAGGUAGUAUAAGUAAAUUUUAAUUUUUAAUCUAACCCCAUUCUUGAUGUGUGUGGGGGGGGGGGGGGGGAAUACUACCUAUGUGUACGUUUAUGUUGAUGAAAAGGAAACUUCUUGAUGUCAUCUAAUUUUUUAUUUUUAAGAGUUGCAUACUACCUAACACAUGACUUCAAACGUUGUUUAUGUGUUUAGUCUUGUACUAUAAGUUGAUAUUCAUAAAAAUACAUAUAUUUUACUAAA